AUGAAGAAGAUGGGAUUCAGCAAGAAGUCGGAGGGCGAUGACGAUUCCAAUCGCGCAGGUCUCUUUGGGCGAAAGAAGUCACCUCCUCAAGAUGCGAAUCCGUAUGCCCAGCAGCCCGCCGAAGAUCCGUACGCAAAGAUGACGCCUUAUCAGCAAGCCCGGGCCGGUCUCCCAGGCGGGCCUCGCCCCGGGGCGGCCGGCGGUCUUCCAGGCGGGCCUCGUCCCGGAGGGGCCGGUCUUCCCAGUGGGCCUGGCCCGCGCGGCGGAUAUGGCACACCCCCUCCGCCGUAUUCUGGAAACCCGAAACCGAGUGGCGGGUAUGGAUCAGAGAAGGUUGGUGCUUCAGGGGGCUACGGGGCCAACCGGUACGACACCAACGACGCACCGCCAUAUAGUAGCAAUCAGAGACCCCCACCAGCUACUUCACAGCCCGGCGCUCGUGUCCCUGCGCGUGGCCCCGGAGGGUACGGCGGACUCGGGCGGGUUGAUAGCACGGCCACGGACGAUAACCGUGACGCUCUCUUCUCCGGUGCCCAGACUCGAGUAGCACAACGAUCCCAGGCCCCAGACGGUGACCGCUACGGACAAUCCGGUGCUACUGGGGAUACGUAUGACGGCUAUGGCGAGCAGCGGGAGUUGACCGAGGAGGAACAGGAGAAAGAAGACGUGAGAAACAUGGGGCGGCAAAUCAGAGAUGUGCGACAGGAGUCUGUGCGAACCCUCGACCGAUCGCUGGCGCUGGCGGACCAAGCUAUCGAGACCAGUCUUGGGACAUAUGCCCGUCUGGGAGCCCAGAGCGAACGCCUUUACAACACCGAGAAGAACCUCGAUCUGGCUGCCAACCAGAGCAAGAUUGCCAGCGAGAAGGCUAGUGAGCUGAAGACGCUCAACCGCAGCAUGUUCGCUGUUCAUAUAUCCAACCCGUUCACCUCUACCAAGCGAGCGGCUGAGCGAGACCAGCAGGUCCUCGACAGACACCGGUCAGAGAGGGAUCAGCGACAGUCGACUCGACAGGACGCCUUUGCUGCCUCCCAGCGUAUGGAAUCAUCUUUCAGAGAUCUCAACCGUCCACAACUGCUUGGCCUACCCAAGACGAGCGCAGCUGAGAGAUCGAAACAUAUGUUCGUUGACGACGAUGAUGAUCCGGAGCUGGCGGCGGAGGAUGAGAGGGAUGAGGAGGCUAUUGACUCCAAGCUCUCCGACUUGCAUGGCCGAGUAGGCAUGCUCAACACGAUUGGCAGAAGAAUGGGCGAAGAGGUCGAUCAGCAGAUCGUCCACAUAGACAGAAUCGGUGGAAAGAGCGAUAUGGUCGAUGACAGCGUGAGGAUGAACCGAGAACAGCUUAAUCGCAUUCGCUAGGGGUUGAGAUUGUGUUUUGGAAUUUGGAAUGAUGAUCACGAUUGCAUUCAUAAUCACCUAACGGCAUUGCCUGUCGCCCCUGUUAUGGACAGAACCGCCCUCGAGCCGGAGUUUUCCCUUUUGCAGCCCCUGAUUAGAGGACCUCAUCCCCUGCGUGUUGUUUGUCGAGUAAGACGGGUUGGAGUAGGACCAAUGCAUCUCCGUUAAUGGUUAGGUCGAUGGAAGAGAACUUGGGAAUGGUGUUGUUGGUCGUCACUUCACCAGGUCUCCAGUCCACCGUUCAGCCGUGACCCAUGUCUUGAUUGGUGUCUUAACGGCGUCUUA